CCGGUCGCGGGAAACAGGGGACGCGACUCGAAGACACCAAGUUAGCGGCCCCCUGAGUGUGCUGAUGUGUUAGGGCGGGGGAAAGACAACACUCCCUCGACGCAACCUCAGUGGAACGCGCGGCCGUGUGGGGGCUUUGCUCGCGGCAGUGCACCUUUUCUAGACUCUGCCCUUGAGUGACACCCGCGCGGCCCAAUCGCUGAGCGCCUCUUCCCGAGGGGCGGGGGGCUUGAGGGAUUUCUGUCUCUUUUUUUUUGACCAGCUUCCUGGGCUUAACUUUGAGAAUCACGAUUGUAGUUGUUGGACCGGUGGUUUUAACUACAGCUUCCCUGCUGCCUACAAUUUAGGCAACUGCGUGGGUUCUCCUCGCCUUCAUACUUUAACCCGAGAGCCGCCGCCAGCAGCUGCGGUCUGGCUGUGAGCGCGAGAACGUCAGGAUCUGGCCUCAAAACCUGAAAUCAUGCCUUCUUUCCCCCUCUCAGGCUCCCACCAAAGCAAAACGCCUGGUUAACUUUUAUAUUCUCAGCAGACCCCCAUCAGUCGUUCCUCUACCCCCUAACUCCCUUUUUCUGCUAGGAGCUGGGGCCAUCAAAAGCGUCAUAUUUUGUUGAUGGGAGAUAUAAAAGUCUCUGUUCUUAUACGCAUUCUCCAUCAGGUUCUUAAAAUUUUGCAUUGUAUAUCUUUUUUUUAAAUUUUAAUUCAUCCCCCACUCUCCCACCCAUUCCUCCCCACCCUCACGCUCUGCUGGGAAAGCAUCAUCGCAUUUCAAGAUCCAUCUGGAUCUACUGCAUCCGGAUUAACUCAACGGGGGAAAUUAUAGAUGGGGUUGCAGGCCGAUCCGCGUCCCUGGAGAGCUUGUGUUUUCCUGCUGGAAGAGCAAGACUCUCCUGGAACCUUCAGACAUUUCACAGUCUGAAUGUCAGCAGCUGAAAAUGCCUUUAGACGAUGAAGCAUCUGAAGAUGACUCAGAUUCAGUUUCUUCAAACAGUGCAAGAGCCUACAUUUUCCAGUGAGAGAGUGUAACAAUUUCUGUACGCUAUGGAAGAUUUUGACUUGGGGAAACCCUUACAAAAAGCUUCAUCUUCUAUAGAAUCUGAUAUAAAAAAUUCUCCCCAUUCUCUUGGACUGAACUUAAGUAAUAAUAGAAGUAGUCCCCACCUUAGUACAAAUGGGGUAUCCUCUUUCUCAGGGAAGACCAGACCAUCUGUAAUUCAAGGUACAGUUGAAGUCCUAACCUCUUUAAUGCAAGAGCUACACAACAGUGGAAAGACUGAUUCGGAACUUUGGAAAAACUGUGAGACCAGGUGGUUACAACUAUUCAAUUUGGUGGAAAAACAAUGCCAAGAGCAGAUAGUUGCCCAGCAGGAACAGUUCCACAACCAAAUUCAACGUAUACAGAAGGAGAUAAAAAAUUUAGUCAAGUUACAGACCAAUAAUGCUUCCUGGGCUUCCUGUGAUAGAAGUUCUUUAAGCAGACAAAUAUCUUCAGAAAGUCAAAUGGGUUUUUUUUCUGAAAACAGUGAGAGAAAUGAAUCUGUUAUCAGUUAUCCCAAGUCUAAAGAACCUGAAAUGCAGCGAGAAACAUCCAUGUCACAACCAGACUGCAACGUGGAUAGUAGCUCAGUGAGCAGUGGGUAUGGUACCUUUUGUGUCUCAGAACUAAAUACCUACAAACCUAAGGACGCUCAAGAGUUCAUGGAGCACGCAGAGGUUUCUAAAGGACAGUUUGGAGCACCGGUGGUGCAAAAGGAGUCACUUGUAGAUGGUGUGAAAAACCAGAGUUUUUAUAUACAUACAAAUGAAGAAUUUUGUGCAUCUUUAAAGGAAGAUACUCCCAUUUUUCCUGGUGAAUUUGAACACAGUUUUCUUGGUGAAAAUAAGAUUUCGGAAGUAUACAGUGGAAAAACAGAUAAUAAAUCUAUAACAUCAUGGGCUCAAAAGCUGAAGCAGAACCAACCAAAGAGAGCACAUAAAGAAGAGGGGUGUUCAAAACCUAUGCAAGGAAAUGAGCAAACCAGGAAAUCACCAAUUGAGAAAUCUGAUUUCACUGCUGCUACACAUUCUCGAGCUUUUUACCUCAACAAACCAGAUGAGAGCCCAAAUUGUUGGAUGUCUGAUUCAGGAACAGGACUGACUUACUGGAAACUGGAGGAGAAGGACACGUAUCACUCUCUGCCUGAGACUCCAGCCUCCUCCACGGAUAUAUCACCAAGCCAGGUACUGACUCUAGACCCAACGUUACACCUGAAGCCAAGUCAGCAGAUUUCAGGGAUUCAGCCACAUGGCUUUUUGAAUGCCCUUGAUGACAGAAUAUCCUUCUCACCGGACUCCGUUCUAGAACCUAGUAUGGCUAGUCACUCUGACAUAGACUCGUUUUCACAAGCAAGUCAUGUUACUUCUCAGUUAUCUGGAUUCCCAAGAUAUCCUUCAAGUACAAAAGUGUCUCCAGUGGACUCUUGGAAAAAUCAUGCAUUCCAAAAUGAAAGUAGGACCAGUUCCACGUUUCCUGCAGUAUAUGCUAUUGGUAGUAACGACAUCUCAGUCAACAGUGUAGAUGAAGAAAACACUGGCCUGGUACCUUUUGCCUCAGUCAGUCAGUCCCAGCUUCCAGGUACAGCCAGUGGUGUCCCAGAAUGCAUUUCACUGACUUCCCUGGAAGAUCCUGUGAUAUUGUCUAAGGUUAGGCAGAACCUGAAGGAAAAGCAUGCUCGACACAUCGCAGAUCUUCGAGCUUAUUAUGAGUCAGAAAUAAAUAGUUUGAAACAGAAACUGGAGGCAAAAGAAAUUCCUGCAGUUGAAGAUUGGAAGAAAACCAAUCAAAUUCUUGUAGACAGAUGUGGCCAGUUAGAUAGUGCUCUGAAUGAAGCUACUAGUCGUGUGAGAACACUUGAAAACAAGAAUAACUUGCUGGAAAGAGAAGUGAGUGAUCUUAGAGAACGCUUCAGUGCAGCCAGCAGUGCCUCCAAAAUUUUGCAGGAACGAAUUGAGGAAAUGAGAACAAGUAAUAAAGAAAAGGACAAUACCAUCCUUCGACUGAAAUCUAGACUUCAGGAUUUAGAAGAGGCAUUUGAGAAUGCUUACAAACUCUCAGAUGAUAAAGAAGCAAGACUAAAACAAGAAAAUAAAAUGUUUCAAGAUCUUUUAGGAGAGUAUGAGUCCCUUGGAAAAGAACACGAAAGAGUAAAGGAUACAUUAAAUAAAACUGAGAACAAAUUGCUUGACGCACACACUCAGAUUUCUGAUUUGAAAAGAACAAUUUCAAAACUUGAAGCUCAGGUCAAGCAAGUAGAGCAUGAAAAUAUGUUAAGUCUUCGUCAUAAUUCUAAAACUCCUAUGAGACCCUCACGUGCCAACACGCUGGCGAGCUCCGACGUCAGCCGGCGGAAGUGGCUGAUCCCGGGAGCAGAGCAUUCCAUCUUCACUGGGCAGCCUCUGGACACGCGGGACAGCAAGGCAGACAGCCAGCCGGAGGACACCUGCCUUGCUGGGUACCAUUCUCCUCUGGAAAAGGAUCCUUCACCUGGAAGUUCACCAACAAGUUUAUUGAUAAAAAAACAAAGAGACACUUCAGACACACCAAUCAUGAAAGCUUUGAAAGAACUUGAUGAAGAAAAAGUAUUUAAAAAUUGGGGCACACAGACGGAGAAAGAGGAUACCUCAAAUAAAUUAGUGACUCCUCGGCUAACUGACACUUCAGUCAAUGCAAGCCGGUCCCCAGAGAAAGGUGCCCAGCAAAGACAAAAGAGAUUUAAUUCUGCUUCACAGAGAUCGUCAUCUUUACCACCUUCAAAUCGUAAAUCAAGUACUCCAACAAAAAGAGAGAUUAUGUUAACACCAGUGACUGUGGCUUAUAGUCCAAAGCGAUCCCCUAAAGAAAAUUUGUCCCCAGGAUUUAGUCAUCUACUUAGCAAAAAUGAAAGCAGCCCGAUUCGAUUUGAUAUACUUUUGGAUGAUUUAGAUACUGUUCCUGUGUCUACAGUACAACGUCCCAAUCCAAGGAAACAACUCCAGUUUCUUCCUCUAGAUGACUCAGAAGAAAAAAAAUACUCAGAAAAAACCACUGACAUCCAUGUUAAUCAUAGCUCUUCCCCCGAACCGUUGCCAAGUGGAGUGAAGAAAGUCUCUGUGAGAUCAGCCUGGGAGAAGAAUAAAUCAGUUAGCUAUGAACAGUGUAAGCCUGCCUACGUACCACCACAGGGUAAUGAUUUUGAGUAUACAGCAAAAAUUAGGACCCUAGCUGAAACGGAACGGUUUUUUGAUGAACUUACAAAAGAAAAAGACCAGAUUGAGGCAGCACUAAGCCGAAUGCCUUCUACUGGAGGACGAAUCACUCUGCAGACAAGAUUGAAUCAGGAAGCCUUGGAAGAUCGCUUGGAGAAGAUAAAUCGAGAGCUGGGUUCAGUUCGUAUGACAUUAAAGAAAUUUCAUGUUUUGCGCACCUCUGCAAAUCUUUGAGAUUUGUAGCCGUUAAAUGUUGAGGCAGUUUUGUUUGCACUAAUGUGUAAUUAUGCACUCAGAAAAGGCAAACUAUUUUGUACUGUUUAUAAGCUUUCACUCAGUAGUUUUACAAUCAUGCUCUUCUUUACAC